CUAAAAUAUUCAGUGAAAAUUGUGUCUAACCAAACAAAUUAGCAAAUUGUGGAUGCAAUGAGUUUUAUGAUGAUCAGCCAAAGGAGGUCGACCAGAUUCAUUCUUUCCAAUCCCAGUUGCAAUUAAUUUGGUCCCAUAAUUAAAUAUGGAAAAAAAUCAUAUUAAAAAAAAUCACCAUCAUCGUGGUCGUCGUACAUUCAAAUAGGUGUGUAUAAUUGGUACUGAUUCCUGAGCAGGGUCAAACUCCAAGGGGCUGAAGAGAAUGGCUAACAACGCAGCCAAUCCUGCCCUGGAUCCCGAUCUAGAUCAACCCGAUAAUCCUAGUCACGAGUUUGCUCAGUUCGGAGCAGGGUGUUUCUGGGGAGUGGAGCUGGCGUUUCAGCGAGUGGUUGGGGUGGUGAAGACGGAGGUCGGAUACUCUCAAGGUCACGUCCACGAUCCUAAUUACAAACUCGUUUGCACCGGCGCUACUAACCACGUCGAGGUCGUGCGCGUCCAAUUUGACCCUGAAGUUUGCCCAUAUACCAACCUCCUCGCUCUUUUCUGGGCUCGCCACGAUCCCACAAGCCUCAAUCGCCAGGGUGGUGAUGUGGGUGCCCAGUAUAGGUCGGGAAUAUACUACUACAACGAGACGCAAGCUCUUCUAGCCCAAGAAUCAAAGGAAGCUAAGCAGUUGGAAUUGAAGGACAAGAAGAUUGUCACUGAAAUUCUGCCAGCAAAAAGAUUUUACAGAGCUGAGGAGUACCACCAGCGGUAUCUGGAAAAGGGAGGACGUAAGGGAGCCAAGCAGUCUGCUGAGAAGGGUUGCACUGACCCCAUAAGAUGUUAUGGUUAAAAGCUGUAAAAGUAUGCCAAGUGUGAAAUUGUGGCUUCGUACUUGUUGAAAAUUGGCAGCAUUUUUCUGUAAUAUUUGUCUAUGCAUCUGAUGUUUCUCAUGGCAUCUUAGUGAUAAUAAGCUGCCCUAUUUUUUCUGCGUUUCCUUUCUCUGUUUCCUCUUCUGUUCAUUUAUUAAUACUUGUGAGCCGUGGCAUUUGAAAA